GACGUCGCUCAGAGGCAAAAAAAACAACAACACCCACACAAAUCUUUCAGAACUCCCCUCAUCCGGGAAUGCUAUAGCUGGCGAAACGCCUGUUUACGAUAAGGCAGGGAGGAGGAGGCGUGUCUAUGACAGGAAGGAGAUGCGCAGGCGCACUGCUUUCUCAAGGGGACUAGGAGAGAAUUAAGAGCCCUUAAUGGCGGCGGCGCUGAGGAGACUGUUACACGGGGCGGAAGUGGAGCGGGCCCGGCCUGAGCCCGAGCCUCCUCCGCCACCGCCGUGGGGCGCGGAGGGCCGCAGGUGCCCGCGGCAUCGCAGCGGCGGCGGCAGCGAGAGAACGGUUCGGUCCGGCUAUGGCGGCUCUCAGGUAACGGCCGAGUCCUCCCCCCUCCUUUUUAUGAGGGUCUGUGACGUAGGCGGCCCCCCCCCGGUGUCCUCGAGGCUUGAGCGUCGCCACGUGCGCCUCUCAUCUGUUACGUCUCCUCUGCUGCUUUGACCCCCUUGGGGAGGGAGGGGGAGCCGAAGCGGGGCGAGAGGGAAGGAAGACUGGUCCGCCCGGGCCGCCCCAUCGCCGAAAGGAAAAUGUGUGCUGGUUAAUGCAGGGCAGAUGCAUUGGUUUUUCCUCGUUUCACGCUCAAACUGAACUAGGGACAGGCGACCUGGCUGGGUCCACAUAAGGGAAAGAGGGGAGAGAAAAAUAACAACAAUCCACUUGACACUAGUAAAAUGGUAAGUCUUGUACUGUAUAACUGUCUUCUCAAUCCAGGCGAUUCCCCCCUUACGUACUUAAAAUUUUGAUUUGCCCUGCACUCCAGUCCAGAACAGAUAACUGUUAUUGACAGUUCCUGCCCCUCGGCAUUACAAUCUAAAUGGCAUGGCACAAAAGGAAAAGAAGUUGGAAGGGAAGUGGAGGAGGAGGAGGGUGAGAAGCAAACCUGAUGUCUGUAAUAGUGAUACUGGGUCUAUGCUGCUUUCUGUCUCCUUUGAAUUAUGUGGGGUGUCCCAUCCCGUCCCCUCGCAAGCCGUCAUUUUAAUACAGUGGUACCUCGGGUUACAUAUGCUUCAGGUUACACACUCCGCUAACCCAGAAAUAGUACCUCGGGUUAAGAACUUUGCUUCAGGAUAAGAACAGAAAUCGGGCUCUGGCGGCGCGGCGGCAGCAGGAGGCCCCAUUAGCUUAAGUAGUGCUUCAGGUUAAGAACAGUUUCAGGUUAAGAACGGACCUUCAGAAUGAAUUAAGUACUUAACCCGAGGUACCACUGUACAUUGGAGCCACUUGUGUGCAGGUGGGAGGACUGCAAAAACUGAUUAACAGUUUGUAAGGGCAGAGCUGUGCUAUGGUGUGUGAAAUUUGGCACAGAAACUGCUUUGGUCGUCCUGUAUGAUGGCCUUUGUCAGGAGACAGGGGCAAUAUGUCCUUGUUAAUUCUCAGCAUCUCAGCAGCUUUCAAUACCAUCAACCAAGGUAUCCUUCAGGAGUGGUUCUCUGAGUUGGGGGUGGUUAGGUGGCACUGCUUUGCAUCUGCUCUGGUCCUGUUUGGAUGGUUGCUCCUAGAGAAAGUUGCUUGGGGAGUGCUUUUCAGUCCCAUGGAGCCUUCAGUAGAGUUCCUCAGGGCUCAAUUUUCUUCCCCGUGCUAUUUAACAUCUACAUGAGUGGGGUCAUUCGGAGUUUUGGAAUAUGUGACGACACACAGCCCUACCUCUCCUUUACAUCUGCAGAUGAGGCAGUGGUUAUAGUGGACUGUUACCUUGCCUUGAUAAUGAGAGCCAACAAAUUGAAGCUCAAUCCAAAUGAGACUGAGGCACUGUUAAUGGGUGCCUCCCAACAGACUAGGUGGUUGGAAGUUAGCCUGCUCUUAAUGGGGUUACACUCCCUCUGAAGGAGCAGGUACACAGCUUGGGAGAACUUCUGGAUCCUCUGCUAUUGUUUGAGGCUCUGGUGGCACGGAGUGCCUUCCAUCAGCUUCAGCUGGUGACCCUGUUGCCCUCCUAACUUCUGCUGUCUAUACUUUGGUAACCUCUAGGCUGGAUUACUUAAAAGGGCUGCCUUUAAAGACUGUUUGGAAACUGCAGCUGCUGAAGAAUUUGCCGGCCUUGUUGCUCACUGGGGCAACAUGAUUUGAGCAUAUUACACCUAUCCUAGCCUGACAGCUCUGACUGCCAAUUAGCUUCUGAGCUCAAUUCAAAGUGCUGGUUUUGACUUAUAAAACCUUAAAUGGCUCAGGACUGCUAUACCUCAAGGACUGCCUCUCUGCAUAUAAACCACCCUGGACUCUGCAUUCAUUAUCUGAGGCCCUUUUUCAUGUGCCUUCUCCACAAGAGGUCCAGAGGGUGGCAACACAAGAACAGCACUUUUCUGUAGUGGCUCCCCAUUUGUGGAACGCUCUCGCCAGGGAGGUUCGCAUGGCGCCUUCAUUAUAUAUUUUAGGAGCUAGGCAAAAAUGUUCCUCUUCAACCAGGCCCUUGGCUGAUUAAUAUUCUACAGCCUUUUAAAUGUCUUUGUGGGAAAGGGGUAUUGUUGUUUUUGUUUUAACUGCUUACUUGUGUUUUUAGCUUGUAUUUUAUUGUUGUCAAACCUGCAGUGAGAAAAGUGCAUAAGGCACCAGUCCUAUUUAGUUUGAAGAUGUGGCUGAAUCUGAAGCUAUUCCUUAUAUUCAGUUGAGUGUAUGAUAUCCUUCAGAAUCUUUAUUUUGCUCUUGGUAAAGAAGUAAUAUUAAUGUGCUUGUGCACAUUGCUGGAAUUGUGGGCUCCAUUCCUGUCUUUCCUAGGCUGGAGUGGGAGGGAUUGGCAACAAACAAGAGGCUGGCUUCGCAUUACAUAUGAACAGCACUUGCUGUUUCUCUCCUCCCCUCCCAUGAGCAGUAAGCCAGGAUUUGCUAGUGGUUUCUUGGGAGGGGAACAAACCAAAGACAGUACUUUGUAUGUAAUAUGAAACCAGUCUCUGGUUUGUAAUUUCCCUCCAGACUGAGAAAACAAGUAGGAAUAAUGGAGCAGUGAUGAACGCAUUCACAUUAAACCAUAGUUUAUUUGACCAGGAAUAUUUACAAACCAGGAAGCAAAUGUUUUACCUGUAACCAGAGCGCGAGUCUCAGGCUUGCUAUGACUUGUUCUCAUUCUGCUCAACUACCCUUUAGCAUUGUAUCUGAAGCAACCCCAAACCAAGCUAGUUUUCCCUUAUUAAAAUUUUAAUUGGAGUUGUUAGCCUAUCUUUAUAGUAUCAUAAUGAUACAAGGGUGCUGUAUAGGCUUAAUUAUGAUCAGUGCUUUGUAUAUGGUGUUAAAAAACCCAAAACUGAGAAAUCAUUUUGUUAACAGGCAGUUGCUACAAAGCUUUCUGGCAAGACUGACCUCUAAUCUUGAUUCCUUCCAUUACUGUGUGUGAUUCUUGUACAAUGGCUAUUUUGGGAAGACUGCUUUGUGUCUGUAUUUAAAGCUACUUCGUCACAGCAACGCUUGCUGCAUAUAGGCCUUGGUUGCUGUAACUUUCUACAAUGAUAGGGAAUAUACUCACUGGAAAGAUGAAGUUUUUCUCUGCUGGUUUGAGUAUAUUUUCCCCAACCCAUAUUCCUAGUUAGGUCAUCUAUACUUAGGAAUUAAAAGUAAAGGGACCCAUUAGGUCCAGUCGCGGACGACUCUGGGGUUGCUGUGCUCAUCUUGCUUUAUUGGCUGAGGGAGCCAGUGGAGGAACUAUGACUAAUAAAAUAGUGAAUUGUAUUUGGGGUAUCUCAAGUACUGCAAAAAGAAGCCAGCAUGAAAUACAACAGUGCAGUUUUGCCCACAGAUUUGUAUGUUGCUGUUUAAUUACCAAGCUCUGAUUACCUCCAGGUUCUACUCCUGCCAUUCUUUGUAUGUAGGACUGCAUUUGAAAGCUAUCCAGAAACUGCACUACAUUCAAAAUACAUUUGCUAGGUUACUAACUAGGAGUGGAUGUUGGAAACCCAGUUUGCCAGAGCUCAUCUGGCUUACAGUCUGUUUUUGAACACAAAAGUGCUGAUGUUUAAAAGCCCAACAUAGCAUGUGACUGUAUUCUUGAGUGAACAUCUGCCAUAUCAAGAUACCUAUAUAUAGAGAUCUUCCCCAGAUGAGGUUCUCCAGUUGCCUCUGCUAUCUUAAGCGAAAUGGGGUGGCAACAGUGGAGGUUACAGUGCCAAGCUUGUGGCUCAUCUAGUGUCAAUGUUGAUGUCUUUUAGGAACAUAGGACAGUCCCUUAUACAGAGUCAUGCCAUUUGCCCUUCUAGCUUAGUAGUUUUCACUGACUGGCAUUGGCUUUGCAGCAUUUAGGUCAGCAAAUGUUUUCAGUCCUCCCUCCCUGGCAAUACCAAGGAUUGAACCUGUGACCUCCUGCAUGCAAAGCAGAUUCUUUACCACUAAGCUUCCACUUUUUAGGGGCCAAGCAAAGUCCAUCUUAUUUUCCCAGACUUUUAACCUCAAAGGUAUUUUAUAUUUGCUGAGAUUGCUAUUAAUACUGUAUAUUAUUGUUCACUGUUUUAUUGCUGUUUGCUGCUUUUGUGUAUCUUGUGAAGUCUUGUAAACUGCCAUGGAAAAAAUAAAUUUAAGGAUUAUACAAAAAUGUGUUAAUAUUUUGGGAUUUUUGUACUUGGACACCUUUGAGGGGGUAGCUAAGCUUGCUUGACCCAACUUAAUGUCAUAGCCAUAAUAAUAUAUUGGAAUUUUUAAUGAUUUUUUAGCUUUCACUUAAAAACAAAAUGUAUCAAGAGGUGUACAAGCAAGCUUUUCUGUAAUUGCUCACUGAGAUGUGAAUAAUCUCCUGCCUUCCAGUGUUCUGGUGAGUGAAUACAGAAUUACUGGAAAUGAGAAUCAGGCCCUUAUUUUAAAAUUUUGUAGAACCAUUGGGGUUCCUGCAACAAAACAUUGUCAUAUGAACAGUCUGUUCUGGUUCAAGUCAUACCAUUCCUGCAACUGUCAGGUAGCAUUCUGUGCACUGAAGCUGCUUGGUUUUCUUUUUUCUUUAAAAACUUGAAUUUCUUCAUUUGUGUAGACUGUUUUCAUCCUUGUCCCUGGGAAUAUUAAAAACAAAGUUUCUUAAUGUGAACCAGAAGUUGUUUAUUUGGACAAUGAUACGAUUCUGUCUACUAUUUUUAUAUCUAUAUACCGUAAAUGCAAACAGCAGUGUAAGAAGAAUGAUUUCUGUCACAACCACAGCAGAGCAGAAAAAUUAUAGCAGCCUGGCAGCUGCUAUUUGCAUUCACAUCUAGUUUGACCCUGAAUUUGAAGUUACAAUAGCAUCAUUCCCUGCAUACUAACCGGUGCCUGAAAUAAAGUUUGUUACUCUUUAAACUGCACCAUUCACCACAAAUUUUUAGUCAGGCUCAACCUGCCUCUCCACUGGGGCUUGGCUUAUAAGACUAUCUAAGAGGCUGGCCCAGCUGCUUAUUGGAAGAACUGGGCUUUACAGUCGUACCUCGGAAGUUGAACAGAAUCUGUUCUAGAAGUCAGUGUGACUUCCGAAAUGUUCGACUUCCAAAGCGCGGCUUCUGAUUGGCUGAUGUUCAGCUUCCAAAAGAAUGUUCACUUCCGGUUUUUGAUCAUUUGGGAGCCGGAACGUUCAACUCCCAAGGUGUUUGGGAGCCAAGGUACGACUGUAUUUGCAAGAGAAAGAAGGAAGCAAAACCUCCUAUUACCAGAAGUCUGCUGAAUUUAGCUCUGUUGCCAUGGAUUGGCAGAAAAUAAUUUUUGACUAUGCAUAGGUCUGUUGAAACCCUCAUUAACAGUUUCUACAUUCAGAGUCCUUUUAGGCUACAUACAAUAAUUCAAGGAACUAGAAGAUUCUAAUAUUUUGAUACAUUUUCAAGACAUGAUGAUUUUCAGGAAGUGAAUAUCUUGUUUCUUUCUUUAGGAGCACCCCCCUUAUCAUGGAUAUGGUUCGCAUUACUGGAAUUCAUCUUCCAGAAGUCCCUACCCAAGCCCAUAUUCUGUUGGACCAGAGCUUCAAGGCCAGGUAUAGUCAUAGGACAAUUUGUCUGAGAAGUGGUGUCUCAUGGAAAUAUUUGGUUACUGAAUACAGAGUGGAUGGCACUCCAAUGUUAAAAUAAUGUUAGUUAUUUUCAUACUGACAAGUGGUGAUCAUAAUAAGGCUUACUACUUGUGGAAGACCUUGUAAACUACAGUUGUACCAUCCUGUGUAGGUGUAGCAUCCGGGUGUAAAAAGCCAUGACCCAUCAUGUUGCAGUGAUGAAGGAGGACCUUUACACAGGUUCCCUUGCCUUACCCAGCAGCCUGUAAAGCUCAUUAGAUGACCUGUCUCAGAUUUCCCACUAAAAGAUCUGUCAUACAACAGUGUAGUCUGUUCAGAAUAAUACUGAUACAAGGCUGUUUGCUCUGUACAGAACAAGUUCUUCCUUAUCCAAAGUACCCGUGUGGUUCUAACAAACCCUUCAAUUGGUUCAAAAACAUCUUGUUCCCUUUGCUACUAAAGGCAGCCUUGCUGGAGACUGGUGAUAUCCUCGGAAGCAACUAUAUCUUAGUUUUACUUCUUUAGAAUAAUACUAGUAUAGACUUUGAAAGGAGCAUUAAUAACUGAUUCUUGGGGAAAUAAGGAUUGUAAAAAAGUGAGCAUGCCUUAGCAGUGAUUAAUACCAUUAAGCUUUGUCUUUGAAAUCAAGACUUUGCUGCUAUCAUCUUCUACAUACAUUCUGAUAGGAUAAAUUAACCUGAAGGCCCAAGCUAAUAGCACCAUGUACCAGUAAUAUGCCAUUCUCCUUUAAUAGUCCUUUCAAAGUGCAUCCCUAAGUAUAAGUAUUUCAUUUGUUGCCACCUCCCAGAUAAAGGUUGUUAUCUGAUUAAUAAAGAACUUGAUAAGAGUUCAGUUUGUAAAUGUGCACUGAAGUUUGCUAAUUAUUGCUGGGCUACAAUAAUAAAGAAAUGCUACUUAAGGGCAAUUGUGGCAUUGUGGCUUUGAUCUGGAGAUCUGAGUUCAGACCAUGCUCAGAUCUGAAGUUCAACCAAUGGAUUUAGGCAAAGUACACUUGUUACAUAUUUCUGUUGCACUGUUGGGUGUUCAUAGUGUUUCGUUUACUUUUAAAAAUAUGCUAUAUAAAUAUUGUAUACAUACACAUAUUUAUGUAAGCUAUAUUUGUAACUUGUACACUAAAUUAUGUUAUAAAUGUUUCCCUCAAACAUUUAUUUUCCAUUUGGAUUAAACAAGUGGGCCUGAUUUUAGUACAGAUCUGAGGCUAUAACAUAGAUGAGCAUUGUGUCAUAUUUAAGAUGGGAAGGGUUUAAGGUGAAGUUUGGGCAUAGGCAAGAAUUUAAACCAGGGUCUUAGUCACUACUUUAUACCAAUUCUCAACCUAGCCAAUUCUUAACAUCAGCUUGUUAAUAAGAAUAAAACCAUGCUGCCCCACCUGCCACAUUAAGUUCUUUGGAGGACAAGCAGGGUGCAUUUUUAAUACAUUUUAAAAAGCAGAACUUGCUUCAGAGCUGGAGAACAUGUGAGUUGAAAGCAACCAACCAAAAUAGGUGGGAAAUUGUUUCCAAAAUGGUUAUGCAAGCUAGAAAUUGGGUGAUUGCAGAGAAAAUCUGCAAGAGUGCGCAAUCUCUUGCAAGUAAGUGUUGUUCAAACAUUUCCAGAAAUCACUGAUGGAAAGAUGGCAAAUCUCUUCUCAGAGGCACUAAAACUUCUAAUAUAUUCCCACUAGAGGGCACUUGGUGGUUUACUAUCUCUUCGGCAGGGCGACCAUUUCACAUUUAUUGAGUACUGCAACUCUGCAAGGCAGAGUACCAGGAGAUGAGGUUCCAUCCUUUUGGGUUUACAAUAUGAAUAAGAGAGCUGUGAUUCAUUAAGCCCAGAUAACAAACCCUAUGAAAAUGUGUGGUCUAAAUGACCAGGAAUGCAGACUUCUCAGGAUCCCUCGGCACUUGGCAGAAAUCUGACAGCCAGUUUUCGUGUUGCUUAGGUAAGCAGAGUCUGUACUAGCCGCUGUUGGAAUAGUAUUGCUGCCUUGCCUGGUUCCAAAGGGAAUUCUUGAUGUUGAGGGAUGCAACAAAUUCUGCAUUGAAACAGGAUUGUGCAUAGCAGGGCCCACACAGCAUUCUAUGCUACCUGUAACUGAAGGCCUGCAUGGUCAAGAAAAAGCUCAGUGGAUGUGGCUUCUACAUUCACUGCAGAAAUGACACCUACUGAGCUUUAUUUGAUAAAAAAUAAAGGAACCAUCUUUGGCCCAGGAAUUGAUAGCAUAACUAGCUCUUGUCCAGGAGUUCCUGAGACAUAAUACUUGAUUUGCUGUGCAAUCAAGGUUGGUUUUAAAUAAUUUACCCUCUUAUCUUCUAGGGAAUUGAUCCUUCCUACACAAAUGGUGUUUAUGGCACUCCAUACUCUACUUCUGGGACUGGACCACCAUAUUCCAAUAUCCCACAAUCAAAUGCCUACUAUUCCUCAGGGCAUCCUCAUGCACCAUAUUCCACAGAGUCUCCCAAUGUAUAUAGAUCACCAUCACCAGCUUCUAACUGGAACUACCCACCACCAGACUGCCCAGCUGAAGGUUCCAUGGUGAGGAGGCAAAUGCCAGGAUAUUCUCCUCCACAGGUAAGGAUCUAGUGUGGGCUGGUGACAUGAUCUCAUAUAACUGAUUGGCUGCAUCCUUCUACCAUUGACAUACUAUUAAAUUAUUAUUGUAUUCAACAUUCAUAGACCUUAAUCUGUUAUGCCAGAUGCUUAUACAACCAUCUCUUAAAGCUCCAAAACCUAUAAGUUACUGUUUUUCCUGGUAACUAUCUCCAUUCCAAUCCUUUGCAAGCUUACUCGGAGUUCAUGAGGUGAUUGAGGUGAUGGGACUUCCUUCCUGGCAUUCAUGUUUUAAGUUACAGCUUAUUUUGUACUCUCAGUAUCCAGCAUGAUCAGAUACUUUUAAAACUAAACUUUUUUUGCAAAUUCCCUGCACAGGACAAUACUGUUGUUGUUGUUUAGUCGUUUAGUCAUGUCAGGACAAUACUACAAUUUAGUAAAUACAGUGAUACCUCGGUUCUCGAACGUAAUCUGUUCUGGAAGACCGUUUGAGUUCCGAAAUGUUUGAAAACUGAAGCACAAAGGGCUGACUGCAUAUUCAAUUGAGAAAUUGAAAAAUAUGCAGUGGAAGCCGUUCAACUUCUGAGGCGCGUUCAAAAACCGAAGCAUUUACUUCUGGGUUUUCGGCGCUCAGGUUCCGAAAUGUUCGUCAACGGAGACGUUCAAGAACCAGGGUAUCACUGUAUUGUGAAAAGCUACAUAUUCUUGCUGAUAUAGUGGUGGAGGGGAGCAGGGGCUUGGCUAGGUGUCAUAUAGGCACAAACAGCACUGUCUACACCCAGUGCCCAAACGAUAUUCCCUAGCCUGUCUUCAGUUUGGAACUGGUUAGAGAAGUAGGGUUUCCCUCCCAUUGUUUUAUUGUACCCUCAGAAGCUCAGGCCAGCUACAAGGACAUUCCUUGCCUUUAUUCAUCAGCUCUAAGUUGGAGACACAAGGCUUGAGUUUUUCUCGCCACCCUCACCAAAACGUGUGAACUCUUGCCUUGACAAGCCGAAUUGUGGAUCCCUGCUUCUGCAGUUAACUGCCAGCUUAGUCUUAUUUGGUGGGUCUCAACAUUUAAUUAAUCAAUGUGUUCUCAUAGGCUACAUGAAGAAACCAUAUCUCAUUUUUCCUUCGGCCUGCAGACACCAAACUUUCCAGUCCCACCCUAUCCGUAUGGCGACUGCAAUCACAGCAUUCCACAACAGAGGCCCCCGCCACCUCCUCAGCCAAGACUUCAGGAUACAAACUGGAGACCUCCUCUCCAGUAUGGAAUGCAUCCUCCGUAUGGUUGGUCUCCUUCAUCAACAGGACAUGGGAAUCAAUAUGUUGCAGAAUCCUCUCCUCCAUGGCCUCCUAGUGGAGUACCUGCUCCACAUGCUCCAAAUAACAAUGCAAAGGUAAUUUUAGAGGGGAGGCAGUCUCUCCCCAAUGCUUGUCCUCUGUUCAUUGUUGGGAAGCUUUUUGUAUCAAUGGCUAUUAUAUAAAAUCUGCUUCCUAACUAAAGAAACAAAUAAGUUUAUCAUCAGUAUUAGCUUAUUUAAUGGGUUAUCUUUUGAAUAAAUUUGUAUAUGGGUAAAAGUAUUGCUGUAGAAAACAGGAUUCUUUGUUUUUAGAUCAAAAUGUAUUGUAGCAAGCAUCAUAUUUAGAAGAGCAAUUCUGCCUAAGUGUGAGGGAAGAGAGAAUAUUUCUUAGGAUGAUGCCUGCCACCUGCAGUUUUUAAGGCAUCUGUAUUUGGGCAGUGGGGAGAGAAAUGGUGCCCAGUUAAUUGGCACUGUUUUGGUCAAUUCAUUGGCUUUUUUAAAUCUGCUGAUCUGAUUAUGUUGUAGCCCAGUUCCAGACCUCCGGAACGAAUUACGUACGUAACCAGAGGUACCACUGUAAUGAGAAGUUUUCCCAGCUAAAGUUCUUCAUGAAACAACAUGCUUUGACCAAACCCAUAAAACCAUAAAGUUUCAGAUUUUAUGAAAUUCAACCAAGAGUGUUCCACAGGGUGGAUGCCGCCACCACAAAGAUCCUACUCCUUGUUGCCACCCAUUAGGCUUCACAUGGUUGAGGAAUACAGAGUAGGGCUGAUGGAACAGAUAUGAAGGGAAUCACUCUGGAAGAAGGUACCUACAUCUCAUACCUUUCAGGCCUUCAUACAUGAACAAAUCUUGAAGUUCUGGCAUCCUUUGCUUAAUGCAAGUAGUGAAGGAAUAAUUUGGUGCUGCUAUAUUAAGCUUAUGUUCUUUUCUGUAGAUCACCUUUCACCUCUAGCAAAGCCUAAAGUGGUAGGUGCUAGCUUAGUCCAGUUCCACCUUAAGCCAUCUGAAACGGGAAUAUAACUUUCUCCUCAAGUGUCUCCUAAGCUUGGAACCCACAGGCAAGCUUUCCAGCCCUUAACCCUCCCUGUGUACUUGCUUAUAGGCAGACAGAUGUGACCUUUUGUCCGUUUCCAAGAGCUGUGAAUUGUUACCUGGACCUUCUUGGAAGGGCUGUGCUUUCCCCCUUUGCUUGUUAUUGUAAGGUACACAAGAACAGUCUACAUCAUUAUCCCCUGCCCAACUUGUACCCUUGUUCCUUUUAUCAGCCAAGGGAUUUUCUCAGCUAGGACAUAGGCCCUCUUAUGCUUCUGUAGACAUUAUAGCAUAGACAGAUCUAGUUUGCAUUUUCAGUAGGAUAGGAGCAAUUUCCCCCUUGGCUAGUGAAGCCACCCUUCAUUAAUUACAGGAGUGGGCAACCUUCAGUGCAUGAGCUGGAUGCAGCCUCUUGGUCAUUUCUUUAAGGUCCCACUUCCCUGCUGCUGAGCUGUUUCUUGCUAUUCAGUUGAGAGAGAAAAAACCUCAAGAGCCUAGUCUGCCACGUAUCUAGUAUUCUUCCCCCCCUUUUGGAACUGUUUAUGGGUUGCAGGGCCUAUGCAGGUCACCUGGGAUUCAAGUUAUUAUGUCAUUCCACAUUGUGAUGUCAAUCUGACAGGCUCAAAGUGCAAGUCCUGUCCCUAGUGUCUUUCAGUGCUUGGACCUUUUUGCACUGACAUCCUGAGCAUGCAGACCUUACUGAUAAGCACAGAGGCAGCCUGGCAGUAUUGGCAGCCCAAGGAUCUCUGUGCACAGCACCUUUGCUUCAGGAUGUGGGGUAAUGGGAUUGUUAGAGUUGGACACCAUGUUGAAGGCUCUUGUUUUCUUCUUUAGGACUCUUAUAACCAAUUGGAGCAAGGAAGUGACCAGCAGGGCUACUUUUCUGAAGCCAAUAACCUGCCUUCUGGGACCAUGAAUGACUACAAGCCGGCGCAGUUUGAUACUAAGCCAUCUGCUUCCAACCCCAAAGUGCAGUAUAGUGCGCAGCCCCAGCUGUAUGAUAAUGUACAUAGGAAACCAUCUGUGACUGCUGACCAUGGACCAGGAUCUAAAACCAGUAUUCAGACUCCAUCAGAGAUACCAGAUGUGCCAUCAGGCAUACAAAAGGUUAUGCAAGUUAUGGAGGGCGUUGAGCAGUUGGAGGAGGAGGUGGACGAAUUUGUAGGGAAAAAGACAGACAAGGACUACUGGCUGCUGGAGGAAAUGCUGACCAAGAAGUUGUUGGAGCUGGACUCUGUGGAGACGGGUGGUCAGGACAAUGUACGGCAGGCAAGGAAAGAGGCCGUUCACAGAAUCCAGGCCAUACUGGAAGAACUGGAAAGAAAGGGGCUUUAAUGUAGGUAAUAAUCCUCAGGCCUCCAGUCUUUGAAUGCCCAGAGAUAUCUAGCUUUGUCCGAUUCUCAGCCCUCUUUACCACCCAAAGCAAUAAGUGGGGACUUGCAUUUUAAUUUUAAAGUAACACCACUGGUUAGUUGGUUGUGACUAAAUGACGAUUUCAAACCCAAAGUCUUGGUGAUCCUACCAAUGAAUGCAGGAGAAGGGAUGAAGUGCUGACCCUGGUGACUGAAGACUUCAGCUAUAGCAGCCUCGGUGGAUAUUGCCACAUUUUUCCAGCCGCAGAAGGAAAACACUCGAGUAAAAGACAUUUUGGUACCAGAGCGUGCAUCUCUGAAGAGAUCUCUUGGAACACCAAGGACUUCAGCUGCUCAAGUAACAUGCCAAAAUUUGUAAGGUACAAAGACUUUUCAGUCACAACCCAGCGCCAGUAAAACCAAGACUUCGUCUCCCUAGCUGCUGCUCUUGUGUAUUAUUUCCGCCUUCCUCACUCCUUGCCAUAUAAAUUGUGUAGUGUUUGGUAACUUUUCGGGUACUUUCUGUUAAAGUGCAACCAUACAGUAUGGCAGCCAAAACCAAUAGAUGUUUUAUGCUAUAUUUUCUCCUUUAUCAUGCAGAUAUAAUCCACACUGCUUUUUCAUAAGGUAGGCAGAAGGAAAUGCUUUGAUCAUUGCAAAUAAAAGACUGAUUGUAGGAACUGUGGGCCGGAGGCAUUUCAGGACAAUUGUACUUAAUUGUGAUGUCACUUCAUAUGUUGCAGUUUUUUGUAUUCCACUUUUAAUCUUGUAACUGAUUGAGUAUGAUCAACUCUAUCUAUAGUUGGCAGGGAGGGCUACUGCUGUGAAUCUUUUAACUCCUCACAAAGUGGUUGUUGCUCCAAACACAAGAAAUAAACCACUUAGUUUUAAAACAUACACUUAUUGCAAGGCAUCUUCAAGUAAGAACAGUAUUGGUGUAUCAGAUCAUUAAAAAUGAUGAAUUGGGUAUUAAAUGAAUUGUGCAGUGUUCUGUUUUGAGUGACCAAUUUUAUGAGCGAAUGCCUGUCUGUAUAAAUGAGAGGGGCAUUUAUAAUGGCACAAUGGAAUUACACCCUAGAUACACUAAAGUUGUUUCCUGUGGCAUGAUACUUGGGACGUCUUUCUUAAGAGAAAGUAUGGCCUGGUUUUUAAUACUUGGCUACUGAAUCGCGCGUCUAUGAAUUUGUGUAGUCAUCCAUAAUGCCCAGUUGCACCAUUGGCUGUCCUGGCAGUGAGUUUAUGAAGUGUCAGAAUAUUAUGUUUAGAUUCAUUGGGUUUUAUUUCAAAAGGUUGCACCACCUUUCUUCUACAAGUAGUGUUUGAGGGGACACAAAUUUGUAUGUGGCCUUGGUAACACCAGCAUCAUGAAAAACCAUCAGGUAAGCAGUGUGGGUGGCAAGAGAUCGAGACAAGCUGUUUAGAGGAGAGUAGGAGGUUGCCAAACUGCUCUCUGAAGUGCCACCCAUCAUUUAAAAGAGGUUGGAUGAGUUGUGAGAGGAUAGUUGACAGGGUUGGUCAGGUGUGUGUGGGAAAGGGGGGUUGGCAAGCGGGGGCAUCAAGCCCUAGGGUAUACAUAAAUAUGUUAGCAACUUGAAGCUUUUACUACGAGGAAGUACAAUAAGUGGUGUUAGUGAUAUGCAAAGAUGUUGAUGUAUAAUGAUGGUGCUAAAAUGAGCUGUGCUUGUUCUUACUGCUUCUAGAUGAUGGGUUAGAGCAGGCAUGGGAGAACCUCGGACCUAUGGGCCGGAUUAGGCCAGCUGGGCUCCUAAUUUGCCUGCAAGGUUGUUUUCCUUACCAGGCCCACAUCUCAUGUCAGUUCUGGGACAAGAAAAGUCAUGGUUGCAAAGGAACCAUUGGGAGUGGUAGAAUCGUUUCUCUGCAAGCAGGGCUUACAGCUGGUGCCAAAUUUAAAUUUAGUGCUGAAUGCAAGCCUUCUGAAGGUGGCAGCUCCCAUUAUGAGUCACUUUGGUGUACUAGGAAAUAGUCUUGGCUUGAAACGGCAAAACAUGGUUUCAGUUCCCUGAAGCUUAUGCCAUGAAACUUACCUAAUGACCUUGGGCCAAUAUAAUCUGUCAGCCUCACCUGUUAGUUAAUUGAAUUCUCUGUUGUGUGCCAUCAAAGUUUUUGGAAAACAUCAAAGAAGAAAUUAAAGUAGCUAUUAGAACAAAUAAGAUUGGAAUUUCUUAACAGGUUUAGUAAAACAAUUAAAAUGAACAUACAUUUCACGAUCUGUCCUUCCAGUGAGCACUCAGGGCUGAUUUCCUUCAGAAUGGAUACGUUUGAUCUUCUUGCAGUCCAUGGGACUCUCAAGUCUCCUCCAGCACCAUAAUUCAAAAGCAUCAAUUCUUCGGUGAUAAGCCUUCUUGAUGGUCCAGCUCUCACUUCCAUACAUCACUACUGGGAAAACCAUGGCUUUAACUAUACGGACCUUUGUUGGCAAGGUGAUGUCUCUGCUUUUUAAGAUGCUGUCUAGGUUUGCCAUCGCCUUUCUCCCAAGGAGCAGGCGUCUUUUAAUUGCGUGACUGCUGUCACCAUCUGCAGUGAUCAUGGAGCCCAAGAAAGUAAAAUCUCUCACUGCCUCCAUUUCUUCCCCUUCUAUUUGCCAGGAGGUGAUGGGACCAGUGGCCAUGAUCUUCGUUUUUUGAUGUUGAGCUUCAGACCAUAUUUUGCGCUCUCCUCUUUCACCCUCAUUAAAAGGUUCUUUAAUUCCUCCUCACUUUCUGCCAUCAAGGUUGUGUCAUCUGCAUAUCUGAGGUUGUUGAUAUUUCUUCCGGCGAUCUUAAUUCCGGCUUGGGAUUCAUCCAGUCCAGUCUUUCGCAUGAUGAAUUCUGCAUAUAAGUUAAAUAACCAGGAAUACAAUAUACAGCCUUGCCGUACUCCUUUCUCAAUUUUGAACCAAUCAGUUGUUCCAUGUCCAGUUCUAACUAGCUUCUUGUCCCACAUAGAGAUUUCUCAGGAGACAGAUGAGGUGAUCAGGCACUCCCAUUUCUUUAAGAACUUGCCAUAGUUUGCUGUGGUUGACACAGUCAAAGGCUUUUGCAUAGUCAAUGAAGCAUGGAAUACAAUAAUCCUUUGUGGACU